AUGGCCUCGUCGUCCUCCUCCCCCGGCGGCCGCCCCGCCAGAUCCCUUGCGCCGCGGCCGCGGCCGGGGGCGGUGGCGUCUCUAAUCCCGGGUCUCCCGGACGACGUGGCGGCCGUCAUCCUUUGCCUGCUCACGUUCCCCGACCAAUCCCGCCUCCGCGCCACCUCACGCGCGUGGCGGCUCCUCCUUUCCGCCCCGACGCUCCUCCUGCUCCGCCGCCGCCUCCGUCUCCCUUCCCGCCACCUCCUAUGCCUCUUCCCCGACGACCCAUCGCUCGCCUCUCCCAUCCUGCUCGACCCCACCGCCCCCACCGCCUGGUGGCCUCUCCCGCCGAUCCCUUGCUCGCCGCACCUAUACUCCCUCGCCAAUUUCUCCGCGCUCGCCGUCGGGAGCCACCUCUACGUUCUCGGAGGCUCUCACUUCGACGCCCGGAGUUAUCCCCUCGGUUACCCUUCACCCUCCGCCGCCGCCUACCGACUCGACCUCGCUCUCUCCCCCCACCGCUGGGAGCGCCUCCCCAAUAUGCACAUCCCCCGCGGGAGCUUUGCCUGCGCCCCCGCGCCUGCCGGCGGGAUCAUCGUCGCCGGGGGUGGGUCCAGACACCCCACGCUCCCCUCCUACGGCAGCCGCAUCAACAACACGGAGUGGUACGACGCCGCCACGAAUACAUGGCACAUCGUCACGCCCAUGCUCCGGGAGAGGGCCGGCUGCGUCGGAUUCGUGGCGCGCGGGGGAGGAGAUGGAACGGAGGAUGAGCUCUGGGUCAUGGGCGGGUACGACGGGUAUACCACAGUGGGUGGAGUGGUGCCCAACGACCUCUACUGCCGGGACGCUGUGGCGCUCGGACUGUGGAGCGGGAGGUGGAGGGAGAUUGGAGAUAUGUGGGUGGAAGGUGAGAGAAUUCGUCUCGGGCCCAUGGCCACCAUUUCUGCCGAUGAUGGAAGGGUUACACAGGUGUUCAUGCUCGACGGACACAAUAUCUUCAGGUCAGCCAAUUUAUCUCGGAUUUGUUUGAAUACACGUUCCAGUUUAUCUUGCUUCAGUUUAAAGUUUAACUUAUGUUAUUGUUUGCAUAAUGCGUGGUUUCAGUUACGAGCAGUUAAUCCAGUUGUAUUGUAUUCCCUCUGUCCGAAAUUAAUUAACUCAGUUUUGUCUAGACACACAUGUAGGAGUAUCUGA